CAGCUAUUGACAUUGGACCCAAAAGACAGCUACCGACUCGUACAAACUACAUCGUUCAAAUAUCCGCAACCAUGCGUCUCAUCAUCCGCGACGACGACAGAACAACAUGUUCCUACGUAGCCAACUACAUCAUCAAACGUAUCAAGACGUUCGACCCUACACCGGAACGUCCGUUCGUCCUCGGACUACCUACGGGCUCCUCGCCAUUGGGAGUGUAUAGGGAGCUCGUCGCUGCCUAUCGGGCCGGAUCGAUCAGUUUCAAGAACGUGGUGACUUUCAACAUGGACGAAUACGUCGGUCUGGACCCAUCACACCCUCAGAGCUACAGGUCGUUCAUGCACGAGAACUUCUUUCAGCACGUCGACAUCCCCCCCACCCAAAUAAACAUGCUCAACGGCACUUCCCCCUCCCUAACCUCCGAAUGCAGGUCGUACGAGGAAAAGAUCCGUUCGUACGGCGGCGUCGAGCUCUUCCUCGGUGGGAUCGGGGAGGACGGACAUAUCGCUUUCAACGAGCCUGGGAGUAGUCUGGCUAGUAGGACUCGGGUGAAGACGUUAGCUAGGGGGACUAUUGAUGCGAAUUCGAGGUUCUUCGAUAAUGAUCCUAACAAGGUACCGAGGAUGGCUUUGACGGUGGGGGUAGCGACCGUCCUCGAAGCCAGGGAGAUUGUGCUAAUCAUCACCGGCCAACGAAAAGCUCUCGCCCUCUCCAAAUGCAUCGAAGAGGGUGUCAACCACCUCUGGACAGUCUCCGCCAUCCAGCUCCACCCGUGGGCUCUGGUAUGCUGUGAUAGGGACGCGACGAUGGAGUUGCGGGUCAAGACGGUCGAGUACUUCCGCUCGAUCGAGAGCGCGCAAGAGGAGGUCGAGGUCUUGCAAGCGAAAGCUGAGGCGGCGGCGUCUUCGGGCAAGAUGCGGAAUGGGAGUGGGCUCGCGAAUGGUCAUGGGUAUGGACAUGGGAGAGAGGAGGAGGCUGGGGUGGAUGGUGCCAUGGAUGUCGGGAGGAACGGACAUCCGAGAUGAGGAAGCUGAGCUAGGUGCAAGGUGUUAGUGUUGUACGAUUUAAGGUUCGGUAGAGGUCUUGGCUAGUCCAUGAAUACGAUAAUAUGCCCUUACAG